GUAGCGCUGGUGUCAUUUUAGACAUACUCAAAAAUAAAUCACCCACUCUUGCUAGUGGUAGUUUAGCAAUCAACCAUAGCCCUUCAAUUUCUUUUGUCCCUGCAAGGAAAACAAGGAGGAACAACAAUAGCUUCUACAACCCAACCCAACAAGAUCUGCUCUGGCGAUAAUGGCGAUUCCCGAUCGAAUCUCCUCUGCAAGCUGCAUUUCGCCAUGGAUAUCUCUUUCAGAGAGAUCGAAGCAUCUGGGAACUUCAAACCAGCAUCUCGAUUUAAAGGGUCACCAUCAGUUUCUUUUACUGAUGAAGAGAUUAAAAGGUUGGCUGCACGAUUUAACCUAGCAUUGGUUGGACGUUUCCGCAAAGGUAGACCAAAUCUAGCUACAAUUCGUCAGGUAUUUGAAAAAAUUGGAUAUGAAGCUUCGUUUACUGUCUCCUUGCUAGAUGAACAACACAUUUUGAUUACCUUCGUUUCAUACAAUGAUAUUCUGCGGUGUCUUCUACGUAAGAAUUGGAAGAUCAAUGGUUAUUCCUUAAAUGUAUUUAGAUGGACUCCUGAAUUUGAUCCCACUGUUGAAUCCCCAUUGCUACCCGUCUGGAUAGGAAUGGAAGGUCUACCAAUUCACAUAUUUGAUUCUUCUGCUCUUUACUCCAUUGCCAAUUUGAUUGGGAAACCAUUAAAGGCAAACAAUGCUACAAUCCAAUUAACUAGACCAUCAGUAGCUCGUGUUUGUGUGGAACUGGACUUAUCCAAGGAACUGCCAACCUCUGUGUGGAUUCACCUAGGGAAGCUUUCUUUUCUACAACCCAUCCAUUAUGAAGACCUUCCUGCCUUCUGCACAUCAUGUAUGAAAUAUGGUCACAAAAACUGCAAAAAAUCACACUCCUCCUCAAGAUGGAUCCAUAGGGAGGUCAAGACAGACGCUAAGGCCUCAUCAAAAGAAACUGUAGAUGUCAAGGGUACUGAAAUUCAGCCCCAUUUAGUUACUGCCCAAUUGAUCUUAGAAUCAGAAGAAGCUGAAAAUAAUGCUCAGUUGGGUGUAGGCACUGAUAUUGAACCUGCAGUUGUCCCUGAUGAGGAUACUACUGAAGCAACUAAUGAAGCCCAAGUUGCUACUGAAAUUCCAAAUGAAGCCGAAGCCAUCGAGGAAAUGGAAGGAACCCAUUUUGGUGGAACCCAUUCUACAACUACUAAUGAAGUUGAAGGAGCCAAAACCAUUGAUGAAAGAGUCAAAGCCAUUGAUGAAGGAACCGGUUCUGCAGCUAGAACUGUUAUUACGGAAGGAACCCAUUCUGCAGCUCCUAUUGAAGUUGAAGGAGCCAAAGCCAUUGAUGAAGCCAGUUUUGCAUCAAAAAUUGCUACUGAAGCUGUUACUAAAGGAGCCCAAGAUUUUGAAAAAUAUUCUAGGAAUACACUGCCCAGCGUUACAGGCUUUGAAAAACUGCCACAACAAUCUAUUGCCAACGAAAAUCUGAUUUCGAAUGAUAUUUCCACAAUAAGCAAUGCUACACCUGAACUCUCAAGCAACAAGGUGAUCAAUGAUGACACAAAAGCAUCUACAGAAAGCCCACUGGAAGAAACACCAGACCCUCAAAGACUUCACUUGAAAAAUAAAGACUUGCCACCAACAGAUCUCGAUCCACCAAUAGAAGAAUUCCCGCAAGAUGAGCUCCUUUAUCCAGAAAUCGAAAAUGAUCCACGAUACAAAGAGGUCUUAGAGAAUAUGCGAAGGAAUAACCUCGGAAGAUACAGGAACAUGUCUCUUAACCAAAUUGAUGACUUUAUUGAAAAAAGAUCUUCUCCUCAUCAAUUUAACUCUGAAGGGACCUCCAACCUUAACCUUGAUGACUUCCAGGAAGUCCACCACAAACGCACAAAGAACACAAGCAAGAGACCUUCUAACCCACGAACAGUAACAACAAGGAACUACGAUCCCACUCUCGAAGUUGGAAUAGUUAGCCUUGUUCCAAAGUACUGGCCAAGCAGGAAAACCACAACCAUGGAACACAUCAUCACAACAGAGAGCUACACAGGCCAAUUUUGGUAUGUAGGCCCUGUCGCUCCAAUUGGAAAAGACGGGAAAAGGCCAAAAAAAGUCAUGCCUAAAAACAAGACAUUCAAUGAACACCCGGGCUUCAUAAUCUGGGAAUGAUCAGUGAAAUCUAGAAACAACAACCCUAGAAGGAAUUAAAAAUCUUGUCCGAAUUACAUGAGGACUCAAACGAAUUUAGCAUAAGGGAAUGAAAUAGAAUAGAGUUGGAUUUGAGAAAAGGGAUUUCAGUAAUACCUGAUUUCGGAGAAAGAAC